AACGAGCAUUCUCGCAGCACCAGUCAACCCACAAUCUUUUUCUGCAGCUUCCAAUAUCAUUUCAUCAUGAAAUACUCAGUCGUCUUACCGUUCUUCGCAGUGACGGUGCUUGCGGUUCCCCUUCAAGAGCGCCAGGCUGAAUGCAAAGUGCCGACCACGUUCCCAACGACCGCCAACUCGAAGCUGCCCAAUCCGUUCAAGUUCUUCGAUGGCACAGAUGUGAAGACUAAGGCUGAUUUUGAGUGCAAGAACCAGGAAGUUAGUGCCGCCAUCCAGAACCAGGAGCUCGGUGUGUUCCCUACCACGGCGAAGGUCACUGCUACAUAUUCUGGUGGCACCCUUUCCAUUACCGCCUCGGACAAUGGGAAAUCCACCUCUUUCACUGUAUCGAUCAGGGGUGCUAGCGGGGCCGAUUCUCCAGCAAUCAUUGCUUAUGGCGCAGCAUCGAUCCCGGUGCCGGCUGGCGUUGCUACCAUUGUCUUCAACAACGACCAAAUUGCUGCGCAACAAGGCCAGAACUCCCGUGGUCAGGGCAAAUUUUACGAUGUCUACGGUUCAGGGCACAGUGCUGGUGCUUUGACUGCAUGGGCAUGGGGUGUGGACCGUAUUAUUGAUGCUCUUGAGGCCACCACAGGUCACAACAUCGAUACGAAGAAGAUCGGUGUUACGGGAUGCUCCAGGAACGGCAAAGGUGCUUUUGUUGCCGCCGCUCUCGUUAACCGCAUUGCCCUAGGCAUUCCUCAGGAAUCCGGAUCUGGUGGUGCUGCUUGCUGGCGCGUGUCCGACUCGGAGAAGGCAAAGGGCAAGAACAUCCAGACUGCGAGCCAGAUCGUCGGCGAAAAUGUCUGGUUCUCCAAGAACUUCAACGCCUUCUCCACAAAGGCAAACACUCUGGCAACGGAUCACCAUCAGCUUGCCGGUAUGGUCGCGCCGCGUGGUCUCAUCGUCAUUGAGAACGAGAUUGACUGGUUGGGACCUGUUUCGACGACUGCUUGCAUGAAGGCUGGGCGAUUGAUAUACAAGGCGCUGGGCGUACCAGACAACAUGGGAUUCACGGGCGCCGGGAAUCACGGCCACUGUUCCUUCCCAAGCAACCAGCAGUCAGACCUCACGGCCUUUAUCAACAAAUUUUUGAAAGGCCAGGAUGCGAACACGGCUAAUAUCGAAAAGGGACCGACUGCUGAUGUUGCUUCGUACAUUGACUGGACUGCUCCCACGCUCACUUGA